GGUCCACGCGUUUUAACCGAGAAGAGACGAGACGUGGUGCUACCAGGCUUCUCGCUCGUUCAAGUAACUCGGAGUAUACUUCGAUGACGGCGGCCCAGCCAAUGAACUCACCCGGUGCGUCAUGACGCAACGAGGCCUCGUUGAUAAGGAGCAGGAGUCUAAAGUGGAUGUGAGAAAGAGGCUCGGCGAUUUAGGGGGGCAAGAAACAAGUAGACAGCUCCUCCUCUUGUACGCACGUGUUAUGCGGCCUCUCUGGCAGGAGACAUAACAGCAAUGUAAACAGGCAACCGUGAAGAGAGGAAAAAACAACGCUUGUCUCAGAGGGGACUGAACAAUGCAAAUAAUUUUUUUAAUUUAUUUUAUUUUUUAAUGUCAUCUACACAUAGUUUGACAUAACAUCCGGACUGUUGAACCUAAAGAAGAGGGAGCUGCGCCCACGUUUUCAAAUCAUUUGGAUUAUUUUUUGUUUUUGUUCUUUUUUUUUUUUUUAAUUGGGAGAUGCAGGGGUUCUCCGCUGCUUCCCUUCAAACUGCACAGAGUAAAGGGGAGUGAAGGGGAGGAAUUUUGAGAUUCGAAUUCUGAAAUCUCACUCCCUGGUUUAGUGGAGAAGACAUCGGAACCAAGAGCAACAUAGCCCGGCCGUUUGGUACGUUUUAUUUAUGGCAGAAAUGUUAGCAAUAUCAGUUAGUCAUAGAAAAAAUGUAGAACACUACGGAGACAAAAUUCAUAAACGUCACUGUUAAUUGCGAAUGAAUAAUCCGAAUCAGAAUGAAUGAUAUCCGGAAAAGAGUUUCCAUUGGCGGAUCAUAAGUAGUAAGGAGAACACGUGUCCAAUUUUCCCUCAUUUUUUUCCUCCCUGAUCUGGAUUUUUAACUUGUCGCGUCAACAAGGAAAAGCCUGAAAAAAUAAAGGACACAACCGCAAGUGGCUUUUUCUUCUGAUGGACAUCUUGGCUUUUAGAUCCGAAGAGAAUAGUUUUAGUAUUCUCCCAUCGGCGGCAACAAUGCUUUUCCAUGGCCUCCCCGGAGGCGACGUGCACGGCGUGGUGGAAGAAAUGGACCGGAGAGGGAAGAGCGAGUCAGCGGCCAUCAGCUCAGCUAUCGAUAUGGGCGAGUCGGAGACGGCCAUGCCGUGCCUGACAACAGAGCGCGUGGCCCUGUGCGCAGGCUGCGGAAGGAAGAUCGCGGACCGCUACUACCUGCUGGCUGUCGACAAGCAGUGGCAUAUGCGCUGCCUCAAGUGUUGCGAGUGCAAACUCAACCUGGAGUCGGAACUCACCUGCUUCAGCAAGGACGGCAGCAUCUACUGUAAGGAGGACUAUUACAGAAGAUUUUCGGUGCAGAGAUGCGCUCGUUGUCAUCUCGGCAUCUCUGCCUCGGAGAUGGUGAUGCGCGCCCGGGAUCUAGUCUACCACCUCAACUGCUUCACAUGCACUACCUGCAGCAAGAUGCUCACCACCGGGGACCACUUUGGCAUGAAGGACAGUCUGGUGUACUGUCGGCUGCACUUCGAGACUCUCAUCCAGGGAGACUAUCAGACACAUUUUAAUCACGCGGAUGUGGUGCCACAUAAGAGCCUGGGCCCGGCCAACACGCUCGGACUAUCCUACUUCAACGGAGUGGGGACAGUGCAGAAAGGCCGGCCCAGGAAAAGGAAGAGCCCUGGACCCGGAGCAGAGCUCGCAGCAUAUAACGCAGCGUUGAGCUGCAAUGAGAAUGACAGCGAGUCUAUGGACAGGGAUUCCCAGUAUAGCUCCAGUCAGAAAACCAAGCGCAUGAGGACAUCCUUCAAACACCACCAGUUGAGAACCAUGAAGUCCUACUUUGCCAUCAACCAUAACCCAGACGCCAAGGACCUCAAGCAGCUCGCCCAGAAGACAGGCCUCACUAAGCGGGUCUUACAGGUCUGGUUCCAGAACGCUCGGGCCAAAUUCAGGAGGAACCUUCUGCGACAAGAAAGCACUGGUGCAGACAAGACCUCCGACGGCUCCACACUGCCGGGAGGCACGCCGUCAGGACCGGCCUCUGAAAUCUCAAAUGCUUCCAUGAGCCCCUCCAGCACCCCCACCACCCUGACAGACUUGACCAACCCCACUAUGCCGACAGUAACCUCUGUGCUUUCCUCAGUCGCAGGCGGCAUGGACGUUCACGAGUGUAGGAGCCCGUCACAGACCACACUGACUAGCCUUUUCUGAUGAACGGAGCCUGAUUGCAACCAUCCCUUCCUCUGCUACACCCUGCUGAGUUGAAAACAAAGUUGACUCCUUUGAACAUUAAGAUUAGAAAAGUGAAAGUAACAGAAACAAAAAAUAGAAAAAAGGAAAGGGUCAACAUUUUCGCUGAUCCCAUUUACAUACUUUGCAGACUGAGGCGGCCAAGCCUCACAGAUGGAACUGUUGUUGUUAUUUAGAUAUUGUCUUGUUGAGAACUGAGAAGACUUGAUUUGCAUUUUUCAAUGUUUACAGAAAGUGACUAAGAGGAGAAAAAAACUGCUCAAUUUUUGGGAUUUUUCCAAAACAGUAUUUAUGUUGUUGUACAAGAGUCAUUGUUAGAUGAAUUGUAAUUUUUUUUUUCUUUGUGAAAAUCUGAGAUUAAACACCGGUUAAAAUACCCUCGCACUGCAACGUGCCUGUAGUCUAUUUUGUGUAAGUGAUGUGCAAGAUCAGACAUGAAUGGUUUGUCUCAGGAGAGAAAAUGACCUUCAUGGCUUAUGUGUAUGGGUGACUGUGUUUAUUGCUAGUGAUUACAUGUGUUUUUGUUUCAGCACUGCUUUACAGGAAGCCACAUCCUGCGAUGCUUUAACUUAAAUUGUUUAUGCUUGAGUAGAGAUGUGAAAAUACAAUUAAAAUAUUUUUUCCUAGCCUGCUGCAA